CGACGCGGCGCCCGGCACAGAUGCCGGUGGUGUUUGAGGAUGUGGUCGUCUAUUUCUCCCCCGAUGAGUGGGCAGAGCUGACAGGAUGGCAGCGGGAGAUGUACCGGGAGGUGAUGCUGGAGAACUACAAGGUGGUCACUUCACUGGGCUGGCCCUGUGUUAAACCAGAAAUCAUCUGUAAGAUUGAGCGAGAGGAAGAACCAUUCGUGAGAGACCUCCCAGUCCCCAGUGUGUGGAGAAGACACCAGAUCUCUUUGCCAGAUGCUGAUACCCAGAUUAAAAAGGAGGAAGAGGGAGGCCCAGAAACACUGCCAGCAGCUGCUGCCUUUCAGAGGAAGUCUGAGCCAUGCUUGAAGUGGCGAGGUGGCUCAGCCCGUGGCCGGCUGGGCAAGAGGCGGGGUUGUCCAGCAGUGCGGCCCCGCACCCAGCCCCUCCUGGCUCUCCGGCAGGCAGCCCUGCUCAAAAAAAACCCACCCACAUGUCCUGAGUGUGACAAGAGUUUUAAGAGCAACACUGCACUGACCAUUCACGAGAGGAGCCACACGGGUGAGCGGCCGUUCAAGUGCCAAGAGUGUGGGAAAGGCUUUCCCUCCAAGGGGGACCUCAAGAGACACCAGAAAACCCACACAGGGAAGACCGAGUCCCCUUCUCUAGGAGCUGCUGUUUGCCUUCCUCCAAAGUUGCUUCUUUCUCGGCCUCAGCAUGGCCCCCUGGGACCCAAGAGGCCCUACAUGUGCACCCAGUGUGGAAAGAGCUUCAGCAAGAGCCGAGACCUCAAGAAGCACCAGCAGACACACACGGCAGAGCGGCCCUUCUCCUGCCUGCAGUGUGGGAGCAGCUUUCGGCUCAAGCAGAUCCUGGUGUCGCACCAAAAGGUGCAUCGUGGGGAGAAGCCCUUCCGCUGCACAGACUGCGGGAAGCAGUUCAGCCAGAAGCAUCACCUGCUGAGCCACCAGCGUGUGCACACAGGCGAGAAACCCUUCACCUGCACGCAGUGCGGCCACCGCUUCAGCCAGAAGCACCACCUGAUUAGUCACCAGCGCAUCCACACUGGGGAGCGUCCCUUCGUCUGUGCCCAGUGCAGCAAGAGCUUCAAGGACAAAAAGACCCUCAUCAUCCAUGAGAGGAUCCACACUGGUGAGAAGCCCUACAAGUGCAAUGAGUGUGGCAAGACCUGCAGCCAAAAACAGCAUCUGAAGAGCCACCAGCGCAUCCACAGUGGCCCACAGGUGCUGGGGGCCUUGGAGACCAGAUGGAGAGAGAAUGCAGUGGUGUCCUCACAGGGCACACGGGCAGAGGCAAAGCCGUUCCAGUGCUCAGUGUGCGAGAAGAGGUUUCGGGAUGAGAGGAUCAUGCUGGCUCAUCAGCGAACCCACGCUGAGCAGAGGCUGCUGAAAAGCAUCCCCCGGGUAGGACAGAGCCUGCGACUGGCUUUGCAGCAGAGCUCCCAGCUGGAGCAGGCACAUAGCCCCAGCCCACUGCUGUCCGGGGCCAGCCCUCCCCAGAAACUGGCUCACACAGCUCCACAAGGAGCCCUGGCUACGAAGAGACCUUUUGUUUGUGGUAAUUGUGGGAAGAGAUUCACCCAGAGCAAGUAUCUCCGGCUCCAUCAGAGGAGUCACACGUGAAGCAGAGAGCAAGUGGCAGGCAGUGUCCUUCACAGCGAGCUCCAGGUGAUGCUCAGGCUCCUCCCAAGCCACCCACAGGGACUGCCCAGCCACUUUGCUGGAAACGACUCUCACCUCUCAGCCUCCCCAUGAAAAACAGUUCCUUGAAACACAGACUCAAGCUCCUGUCACCUGUGCUCCUUGAGGGACACUCAAAACCCAAAUGUUGAUUUUUGUCUCCACAUUGUUUCCUAUGGACAACUCACUUCGCUGCCUCGCUGCCCCGUUGGGACCCCGCAGAACAGCUGAAAUGGAAGUGGAGUAAUUGGGAUCAUUCCCGAUUUUCUGAUCAGUCGGCCCUUGCUAGUUUGCACAACUACUUGUGAAAUUGCUGAAUUUUGCUAGUGAGACAGUAAGCAUAUGAUUGCCCUGUCUAAUAGGCAGAGAUGCUGUCUUGCAAUGAAUGUGGCUCAUUUAUUUGACUGUAUAGGUAGUUUUAUUUAUUGUGUUGUAUUAAGAAGCAUUCUGAGGUUUGUCUUGUGAAAGUGAAGAUGUCUUGGUAACAUGAAACCUCACUGUGCUGCUCCCUGUAUGAUGAGACCUUAAUGAAAAGCAGCAAAGUUAUGUCUUACUUGCCUAAUGCAGUGGGUUCUGCUGUGUGCAGCUGGAGUUCCCCCUUUCCUGGACCUCUGGUAUAAAGCUGCCUUUUUCCUGAAUAAGCGCUAGCAGUGAUUUCUCUUCCCUGUUAUGUUCAAGUCACACUGUGGUGAUAGCAUGCUGCAUGAAAUAACUGUUAAACCACAACUUGGCUGCUCAUGAUAUAAAAAUCAUAAUACAUCCAGAAUAUUUUAUAGGAAAGGAGUGGAGGUGGGUUUUUUUGUUUUUUUUUUUUUUUAAUGGACAGUAAAUUAAGUUUCUUGAUGCAGAUAAUAAGCAAUAAUGGUUACAUGGCAAUCCGUGGUAAACCGCAUGCUGCUUCUCCCAAGAGCUGCUGCUCUUCCACAGCGAUGUCUCUUGCGUUUCCUCAGUACAAAUGUCCAGAGUGCUCAUUUCCUCUCCUUUGAAACUGCUUCCCCUGACAAUAUGUAUUAGGACAUGGCAAGAAAUCCUGUUCUUUGCAGAAAGCUGAGAGCUCUGUCAGACUCAGAAGUGAAGCAGCAGCUUGAGAGAGCCCGUUUGGAUGUGUGUGAGGGUUCUCCUAUGGUCAUUGCUCCCAAGAGGUGCCAUCCACACCUUGCCUGAGAAAUACUGCUCUUCCAAGCAUACAGUAAAUUUUUAUCAGCAGAGGAGUAAUUUAAUCGAAUUCUCAGGGCAAAUCUUAGCUGACCCUUCUUGUCUUUAAAUUAUGCUCCCCACAAAAACUGCCUCAGGUGUAAGGCUGCAAUUUUUGACAGAUGAAUUUUUAUAAACCCCUUACCUAAAGCUAUAUAACAACAUAAAAGAAGUGAGGAUAUUUCUUCAGAACGAAAACACUUUGUGGAAAGCACAGUUGAAAGAGUUGAGUUGAAGGCAUCAAGCAACAUACUUAGAAGCCCAGAGGAGGACUGUGUAGGUCCAUAGAGCUGGAAAAGAUCUUCAAACACAGUGACUUGGGGAGGUUCCUGGUCCCCAAAAUAAUAGACUAGUACAGCUCAACUUCAAUGUCGCAUGUUGCACAGUUUAAACAACAGAAAAAGAUAAACACUGAAAAAUUCA